AAGUGCAGAGUUGUAAAAAAAAAAAAGAAAAACCUCCCGCGGGCAGUGAGUGGGGGAAGUCAGACUGAUUGUCAAGAAGCAAACUGUCCCAAACAGGGAAGGAAAAACAAAGCAUAAGCAAGAAUAAAAAAAGCACUAACUGGAAUAACAACCUUUAUCAGCUCUGCGGAAGUCACUAAACUACAUCCGGGGAUCUGAACCUGUGUCCUGCUCGCUCGUGCUUGCGUGAUAGAGAAGACUUCCCUGUGGAAAGAGAGAUCUGUUCGCAGCAGCCAUUGUUCCUGUUUUUCCCCCAAACUGAUCAAUUACUGCCUAGGAGGUUUUUAUUUUGCAACACUCGGCUUGAGCAGCUCUCGAAGGCACGCACGCGCACUUGCAACUGUGAAGCAGCUAUGCAGCUUGAAAUCCAAGUAGCCCUCAACUUCAUCAUAUCCUAUCUGUACAACAAGCUCCCUCGUCGUCGGGUGAACAUCUUUGGUGAAGAGCUCGAGCGGCAGUUGAAAAAGAAAUAUGAAGGUCAUUGGUACCCUGACAAGCCAUAUAAAGGGUCUGGGUUCAGGUGUAUACAUGUCGGGGAGAAGGUCGAUACGGUAGUGGAAGAAGCAGCCAAAGAGAGCGGGAUUGACAUCGAAGAUGUCCGGAACAACUUGCCUCAGGACCUCAGUGUGUGGAUCGACCCGUUUGAGGUCUCAUACCAGAUCGGGGAGAAAGGACCUAUCAAGGUGCUUUAUGUGGACGAUAAUGGCGAGAAUGGGUCUGAGUUGGACAAGGAGAUCAGGAAUAGUUUUAACCCCGAUGCUCAGGUCUUCAUGCCAAUCAGCGAUCCUGUGGGUGUCUCCUCAGAGUCUAGCUCUCCGUCGCCCCCAUUUGGUCAGUCUGCUUCUGUCAGCCCCUCAUUCAUGCCACGCUCCACCCAACCUUUAACUUUCACCACAGCCACUUUCGCCGCCACCAAGUUCGGCUCCACGAAAAUGAAGAGCAGCAGCCGUGGGGGUGGGAGCAAGGUGGCACGCACAUCUCCCACCAACCUGGGCCUGAAUGUGACCAGCCUACUGAAGCAUAAAGCCAUUUCCAAUUCCAUGCAUUCUCUUUACGGUCUCGGGCUCGGAGGGCAGCCGCAGCCAAAGGCCUCUGCGCUCUCUCCUAAUGCCAAGGAGUUCGUUUUCCCUAACCUCCAGAGCCAGAGCAGCUCCACCGCCAUGUUCAGUAAUGAGAAUCCGCUCAGCCUCAGCCCUCUUCAGUACAACAAUGCCUUCGACGUGUUCACAGCCUACGGGAGCCUCAACGACAAGUCUCUCAUGGAUGGUCUAAACUUCAGCCUAAGCAACAUGCAGUAUUCUAACCAGCAAUUCCAGCCAGUCAUGGCUAACUAAUGAAUCCAGAAUUUAUUUAUGAAUUAUUGUUGGCAAAAGGAAAGAGAUAAAAA